UGGCCGCAGACGAGGUUGCCUAUUAUAAACUUUACAAAAAUCAACCUUUAUAUUUUCAUUUUUAUGUUGCUCCUUUUGUAUUAAUAUAUGUAAUAUGGCUUUAUGCGUGGUUUAUGGUCUAUGGAGUAUCAGAUCAUUUCGAAGUCGGCGCCAUUGUAGGAGUUAUGAUAUUACUUUUUCAAAUUCUUGUUUGGCUGUUUAGCAUGUGGUCUGUUCAUGUACGGUGUUUUUUGACCUGUAGUAAGGUAAAACAAUUUUUUUUCUGUGUCUUUUUGGAUUUGAUAGCACUAGUAUUAAAUUUUAAGGAUUUGGUAAGAGUUCUCUUGUAUUUUAUAUGGCACGUGUACAAUAUAGUAUACAUUGUAUCACAGUGUAUAUUAGGGGCCACGUCCAUAUAUUUCAUGUUGACACGCAUAACGUAGCCUGCUCACAGCCCGUCAAAUUGACGUUAUCACCAGUACCCACCCACCCACCUCAGACAACGUUGAUCGUUAACCCUGUCGUAUUUUGACCGCUAAAAGAGCUCAAAAUCAAAUUGGCAACAGAAAUAUGGUAUAUAAUCAAUCCAGUUUGUAUCAGAAAUGCAUUAAAAUGCCGAGGCUUCAGUUCAAAGUUAUUGACUGUUGCACUUGCCUUCGUUGGCGCCAAUUAAUGUAGGCUCUUUAUUAUAAAAUAUGAGAAGUUUUAUCGCAGAAAAAUGUCGCGAUUCGCAAACACAAUUUGACCGGUAUUUGACACGAAGAAAAUGUCGCUUCAAUACUUCGACCUUCAAUACUUUGACCUAAUAUAAUACUGGCAAAAGUUGCACGACAAACAUUAAAUAUUUAAACUUCGGUCUGUUCGGAUAAAAAUAGUCAAACUGCCACGAGAUAACGUCGAGGAGUUGACGUAAGAACCCACCCAUAAUGUCGAUUCGACGUUAUGCGUGGCAACAUGAAUAUGGACGUGGCCCCUUAAUAUAGUAAAAAUUUGUCAUUUAAAUGAAAUUCCAUAGUGGAAAGUAUGCUUUGGCUGCAGCAGGAGCAGGGUCUUAACCAGGAUUUGCAACUUGGGUGUCCAAAUUUGAAAUUUCAUUUAUGACACCCAUAUUUUGCCAUAUGGAACCAUGGCACCACUUCAUGCACCAUUAAUUCAAUGUGAUUAUUUCCGAAUGCUGAGAGUAAUUGGUGACCGCACUUGAGAAUCGCUCAAAAAACUAAAUUAUAUUCAAUCAUUCAGAUUAUGUGACUACUCACUACACUGACUACAGUAGUACAGUUUAAGUAAAUCUGCCAAUAUAUUAAUCUUAUGAUUGAUAUUAUGUUUUCACUUUCAUGCUAUAAAUACAGUACUUGUACUGUAGCUUUGAUAAGCUAUAGUGUGAAUGAAGAACACAACCAAAAAACAACAAAAAGCAACUAAUUAUCUUAUAUAGUUAUAUUCUACAGUUUUUGACAGCUAGGCCUAGGGAAUCUUUGGUUUGACAGAUUUGGCAGCUUGCAAGUGAGCAAUGUUUAUGUUUACCGUCCAAAAGCCGUCUUUUUUAGAAGGCCGUCCAAAUUUGAAAAUGGCCGUCCAAAAGACGGCUGGACGGUAGGCUGGCUAAGACCCUGUGCAGGAGACUUCCGCAGUUGACAAGACCAUGCAUUCUAUCCUGCCGCAAUGCCAAUAAUAUGCUGCCGCAGGUAAAAAAUUCAAAUGACCACGCAAUACUGCUGACCACUAAACAGUAAACAUUGAAGCCUUCACUCUUAAAAAAAGAUGUGCUAUUACAAUCAACACAGCUUUUUUGUCGAAUAAUUAAUACAUCUUAAAAUGUGUUGAUACAACACACCACUGACGUGUCACCCAAAUUGUGCCGCAGGUAUUUUCUAAACUAUUUCUGCCGCACGGUCAAUUUUACAGUUUUUCUGCCGCAACAUUUUGCUGCAUCAGCAGUUUUUGACCUUUGCCUGCUGCAGGAGAUCUCCUGUUAAAGUGCCCAACUUUCCAUUAUUGGAUGAAAUUUACUUGCCUGUUUGAUACUUUGUUCUCCUUUAUUCCUCUUUUGUUGAACUGAUAUUUUCCCAGACUUUGCACUCGAUGGUCGUGGCCCUGACUGGAAAGUUUGGAAAUUGUGCAGCCAAGGUUCGAAAAUUUAAUAGUAAAUAUGUAGAAGGCAUCAAAAUUGUACAACCUCGUGAGAUAUUGGCUGCAUGAUACAAACUUUCCACACUGGUUGCGGCUGCUGCUAGUAUACAUGAUCAACCCUCGAAAUUUGCCUCGGUACUCUGCAAUUGCUGAGGCAAGUUAGAAUUUUCAUAGGGCAUAAAAAAAUACCUGUGGUUCCGGUUCCCGACCGACCCUAUUUUUUUCUGCCGACCCUAUUAUUUUUUCAACGCAAUUGACCGUGUGACCCUAUUUUCCCAAGGUGAUUGCGGGCUGUUCAUACAGCGUGCCAAAAUGGUGUUAACCUGCGAUCAUGCUUUUCGGGUUAAAAUGGCGUCUGUUGUCACACUAAUUAUUGAACCAAAUUGCCUAAAUUCGUCCAUAGGAAAUACGCAUCUCUAGUUAAUAUUGAUGUCGGGACUCUACUGCAAAUCGCCCAGCAAAAAACCGCCAAAGCCAUGAAAAAAAAAUAUUAAAAAAAAAGUUUAUUUCCGACCUACCGUCCCUAAUUUUUUCGCAAUAUGAAACCGGAACCACAGGUAUUUUUUUUUACGCCUAGUUUGCCUCAGCGUGAAAAUGUUGAAGCAAUGGGCAAUUCCAGCAAUAGACUAAAUUUUGAUCUAGGCAAGAAGAACAAAAUCCAUCACAGCUAGAAAGAGCAUGUUAAAAUUAGUAACAUUGCAAAGUUUGGUUGCGAAAAGUUGUCAAAUGAGGAAAAUAUAGAAACCCUACGAAAUUUGCAAAUUUUGUAUUAAUUUGUAUUAUGCACAGGAAUUCGCACCACUUUUUGGCCCAAAUGUGGUGCAUUUGCCAUGUGUAAUACAAAUUAAUACAAAAUUUGCAAAUUUUGCAGGGCUAUAUUUUCCUCAUUUUACAAUAUUUCAUGGUCAAACUUUGCAAUUUUACUAAUUUUAACAUGCUCUUUCUAGCUGAGUGAUGGAUUUUCUUCUUCUUGCCUAGAUCAAAAUUCAGUCUAUAGCGGGAAUUGCCCAAUGGGUUCCAUCUGUUUAUAUACUUUAAAUUUAGAAAUUAUACAGCGUCUGAGUGUUUGAUUUUUGCUCAAAUUUACAAACUACAGCGUCUGUUCGUUUUUUUUUUGCAUUAUCUAAACCACUUGAAUAACACUUUGGCCUGAAAAAAAUACCUGUGAUUCCGGUUUCAUAUCAUGAAAAAGUUAGGGUAGGUAGGAAAAAUAUUUUUAGGUAGCUUGUAGGGAGAAUAUUUUUUUCAUGGUUUUGGCGGUUUUUUGCUGGGCGAUUUUCAGUAGAGUCCCAACAUCAAUAUUAACUAGAGAUGCAUAUUUCAUGGACAAAUUUAGGCAAUUUGGUUCAAUGAUUAGUGCGACAACAGACGCCAUUUUGGCAUGCUGUAUGAGGCUGUGAGCAGCCCGCUACCACCCGGAGAAAAUAGAGUCGCACUGUCAAUUGCGUUGAAAAAAUAAUAGGGUCGGCUGAAAAAAAUAGGGUCAGUCGGGAACUGGAACACACUAUUUUUUUAGGCCUUUAUAUUAUGUAUAUUUAUGGGAGGCCAGCUACCAUACAUACUGUAGAGAGACCAUAUCACAUUGGCAGCAAACUAUAUCAUAUGAUUAUUGUCAUUGAUCAUAGACAAAUAGUCAUGUCAAAUUUUUAUAUUACUUCCCCAGAUGACCAAUUAUUGUCAAUUGGUCUAAGCUUUGGUAUGUUUACUUUGAGGUUUCUUUGAAUUUUUAAACCUAACAUACUCUAUUGUUUGUAGUAUAUUACCUGCUUGAUUCUUAUAGUCUGUGUAAAGACAUUUUAAAAUUCUUGAAAGUUUGCGACUUGGACUCCUUGGAGAUAUAGGGAUUUCACAACGGUUAUUAUAGAGCUGUACAGUUUUCAAAGUGAACUGUUCUAACCUUUGUAGCUGAUGCUAAGCGUGCCAAUGCGGCCUUUUUAAAAUAUCAUGCAAAUAAAUGGUCUGCCCUGGCAUGGCUAUCCACACCACUGAUGUUUAUAAGCAUUAGCAAUGUUAAAUUCAUUCCUUUUUAAGUCCAAUUCCAAAAGUUCAGUUGAAAUAUUAUAUAAUUUUAUUUAGAUCUAUUGAUCUUACUGCGAAGUUCCCCAAAUAGAGUUCAACUUUUUUGCAGGUAAUAUGCCAGAAACCGGUCCUACUAAAGAAUGCCCGGGAACGCCCGGGGAGGUAUGUUGAAUGCCCGGGAAUGCCCGGGAGUUGCGAAAGAAUGCCCGGGGAAAAUUAAGUUCAUAAUUACGUUAGUUUAUACUAAUAAAAUCACUUAGUUUAUGAAAGAUUAAAUAAUUCUUGUAAUAUAUGGCAUUGCAAAGUACUGUUCACGGAAUAUCCGGCUGUCACAAAAGAAUGCCCGGGAGUCGAAAAUGAAUGCCCGGGGUAAAAUUACGCAAGUAAUUACGAUAGUUAAUGAUAACAUUAACAAGUCUUUUAUUCAGUUUAAUGAAAGUUUCUUGUGAUAUAUGGCAUUGCAAAAACUAUUCACAAGCAUGCCUGGGGGAAAUUACGUACCGCCAAUGUCUUUUUCAAAUCUACUCAGAAUAUAUCACUAUCAGUGAAAUAUAUUUUCGGUAGUGUAAAAAGACGUGUUUCUUCAUCACAUUAUAUAUACGACAUUAUAAAGGCUUUAGGUUAUUCUGUGCUUUAGGCACUUAUCAUCACAAAUAUAAUACAAUAUUAACAGAACAAAAUACAACAUUUUUGACACUCUUAGCAUUACAAAGCCAAAUAAAUAAUUUGUGGUGAUAAUGUGAUGAAGAAACAUCUUUUUAUACUACCAAAAAUAUAUUUCACUGAUAGUGACAUAUUCUGAGUCAGAUUUGAAAAAGACAUUGCAUGGCGGUACGUAAUUUUCCCCAGGCAUGCCUGUGAAUAGUUUUUGGCUUUUGCAAUGCCAUAUAUCACAAGAAACUUUCAUUAAACUGAAUAAAAGACUUGUUAAUGUUAUCAUUAACUAUCGUAAUUACUUGCGUAAUUUUACCCCGGGCAUUCAUUUUCGACUCCCGGGCAUUCUUUUGUGACAGCCGGACAUUCCGUGAACAGUACUUUGCAAUGCCAUAUAUUACAAGAAUUAUUAUUUAAUCUUUCAUAAACUAAGUGAUUUUAUUAGUAUAAACUAACGUAAUUAUGAACUUAAUUUUCCCCGGGCAUUCUUUCGCAACUCCCGGGCAUUCAACGAACCUCCCCGGGCGUUCCCGGGCAUUCCCGGGCAUUCUUUAGUAGGACCCCCAGAAACAUAUGAGUUAGUAUGCUAAGUUUCAAAAUUCAAAAAACACUAUAUCAGUAGUAAUAAACAAGACAAAAGCCCGCGAUUCAUUGCAGGUCACCGGUUCCCUGGUCACCGAUUUCUCGUUGAGGAAAGAAACGAAGAAUUUUUGCACAGAAAAUCAGGGAACCUAAACACUGGAUGUUACCCGAAAAUUGAUAGGACUAAUUUUGGCAGCAUUUUGCAUCAUAACGCUCGUCAACAAACUGAAAAUGUUGUCGCCGGGGGGAGGGGGGAGGUCAAAAAAUUUUCCGGACUAAAAUGAGCAUAGUCGAAAAAAUUUUUCCUGACUAACAUAUGCAUAUUCAAAAUUUUUUGACCAAGAUAAGCAAGCCUUCCAAUUUUUUCACCGCAAACAUAACAAAACCUUUAAAAUUGUUAAAAUUGCGAACCAUUUCAUAACUUUGAGCAACUUCGACCUUCUUUUAUCCCAAACUUUGACCAAAUUUUCCCGAGUUUUACCUUCAAUUUUAAGCAAAUAUCAGUUCCAUUUUGACCAACUUUGACCAACGUUUGAAUUAUUAGGGAGCGUGUUACACACCUCCACACCCCCCUAUAGCAAUAAUCUCUUUCUUUCUUGGGGAAAUAUUUUCUGGGAACUCAAAACUUUUUCUGGGAACAAUGGUCCUGUGGUCCGAUACUUUUUCCACCCUUGCUACAUUGCAGGUUUUUACUCUAUAUUUCACAAAUAAAAAUUGUAUCAAUGCAUCAUUGGAUUAGCCAUUUAGCCCUGACCAUUUUUUUUGUAAUUUAACACUGAUUUGGUUAUCUUGAACCCCUGAUAUCUGAAACGUUUUUGUUUAAUUUCCUUGGUUAUAGAAGAGUUAGCAGAGAGUUAUACUGUAUUGUGUCUUCAUCUUUUAAGGCUAAUGGUCCCAAUGAAGCUGAUGUAGUUAAAGUUGUGCCAACACCUAACAACGGAUCUCCAGAACUUGUCAGGUUGCAUCACUCUAAGGUACAGUAAGUUGAAUUAGUCUAAAAUUUGUUUGCAACCCUCCCUAAUAAUGCAUUUGGGUAAUUCCAUCGGAGUGAUGACAUUUUUUGAAAAACAACAGUUGUCAAGAAUUUUCAGAAACUUCUGCAAACAAUUCUGAACUGAAAUAUUAUAUGUAACAUGAGUCAACAUGUAUUAUGCAGAAAUCCUUGCUAUUGUAAUCCAAAAUAUAAAAUUUCUUUGUGUUGAUAUUUUGCCCAACGUAUAUAGUCUGUUACUUGAAAGGCAUUGUAUGUUUCUCCUUUCUGUGGUUCCCGAAGAAAUUCAAAAGUAGUUAGGUUGGUGUUACCAUAUCCAAGCUAGUAAAAAUGUAUAUGUAAUGUGCAUGUCCUUAUAGACACCUCCAUUAUACAGACAAAUACAGACACUUUACUGUGGCCCAAUCAGUGAACUGAAUAACACUGGAAUGCUAACUGCAGGGGCCGGUUGUAUAAAAAACGUAGUUAGCGCUAACUGCAGCUGUACUAUUUUCAUAAUACGAGUCCACAAUCAUGUAAAAAAUGCGUGUCAGCGGUCGUUAAUCACUGCUACGCAAGCCUCGCGCACAGUUAACUACGUGAUUAGUUAACUAUCCAACUAACUACGUUCUGUUUCGUUAUUACAGUUAAGGAUUUAACUAGAGUGAUUAACGCUAACUACAGUUAGCGCUAAUUACGUUUUUAUACAACCGGCCCUAGGUAAACAUGUCCAUACUUGCCUGAAGCCAAGAUGGCGCUUCUCGCGAGGCUCAGCGAGCAAUAAAUCGACUUUCAAAAGGACUAGGGAGAGUUUCGAGUAGCGGGAAAUUCAGUCAAAAGUUUGUUUUUGCAAGUGAAAAUCAGCAAGAAGAAGUACUUUUUUAUCAAAAGGCUUCAAUUUUAAACAUUGAAACCUGGUUUCCUAAAUUCAUGAAUAGUUCUAAGUAUUUGACAUUCACUAACAGCAAAAACUUCCUGGAUAACAGCUUGAUAUUUAAAAUAUUACACAAAUUUGAACGUGCCGAAAAAAACUUCGCACUUUGACUCCUGAAAAAAUAACUUUAAAACUGCUCUACGUUCUGGAAACAUGCAUGUUUUGUAUUAAAUUUCAGGUAAUUUUCCUUGUUGAAAUACAGCUAGUUAGUGCUCAAAAACAGACGUCUUUUCGGUGGCGUAUUUUCCGCUCCAUACGUACAUGGCGGGCUUCAUGAGUGGUUUCAAAGAUGGCCGCCAUGUUAUCGUUCCAGUUUGUGAGUGGUGACUACAGUAUCUUAACACCAGACAUGAAAGCAUGCUGCUCCGCUUUAUAUAGAAAACAGAAUAAAUUGUUUAAGAGGCAAUUUUUUUCAAUGUCACGUAUUUGCAAUGAAAAGUGUUCAAAACCUAAAAUCUUUUUGGCGUUCCUCUCAAAAUUACUUUGUUUUAGCUUUAUUCUCUAGUUUAUAGAGUUAGCUACCUUUUUAAAUGCAAAUAUCAAUGAUUCUUUAAAAUUGACGCCAUAUUUACAGCCAUAUAUAAGCAAAACUUACUUCCUCUUAUAUAAAAGAGUAAUUUUAACCCACAAUCGCUACUCUUCACGUUACCAUGACAACAUGACGUCACCAUCUAUAUGGCUUAUAUUAACCAAAAAAGCCGUCUUAGCGGACAAAUAACCACGAUGACCUACCUUUUUUUAUUGCAGAAAUUACAUUGUUAUAAAGUUUUGAAUCUUUUUUGAAAGUUAUUUGAAAAUCGCCAGUGUAGUUUUCGAGAAACUGAAUUUCAGCCUUAAAGAUUGCAUUUUAGCCUCUCAAAAGGCUGAAAUUUAGUUUCUCGAAAACUACACUGGCGAUUUUCAAAUAACUUUCAAAAAAGAUUCAAAACUUCAUAACAAUGUAUUUUCUGCAAUAAAAAAGGUAGGUCACCGUGGUUAUUUGUCCGCUAAGACGGCUUUUUUGGUUGAUAUAGGCCAUAUAGAUGACGACGUCAUGUUGUCAUGGUAACGUAAAGAGUAGCGAUUGUGGGUUAAAAUUACUCUUUUAUAUAAGAGGAAACAUCGGCUUGUGCAAAAAAAUUGUUUUUUUAGAUUUAAAUCAAUUAAAUAGGUUUUAGUUUAAAACACUCACAUAUUUUGGAAACUGUAUGGAGCCUCCUUAAAUGAUGAAACUCUUCAAAUGCUUGCGAAAAAUUACUAGUAAAAUAUCGUUGUUGUGACUGCGUUUGAUUUUUAAUUUUAAUUGUAAAUUCACAAAUUUCCUAACCAACGAACAAUUUUUGGAAUGAAGGGAAUAUCUUAUACUGUCUGUAACACUGAUCUGGAAUAAGACUGGAUAGCGCAUCUGCUGUGCAUAAGUGAAGCCAAUGGUGGCCAUAUUGGAUGGCCCCACCAUGAAUCUAAUCUGGUGUUGUGGACAUGUUUACGUUUCUGAUCACUAGUGGGAAAGGACAAAUAUUGCCUACAUAAGAAUUUAUCAUCAGUAGCCUCUCUUUUUUCCUAAUAAUAAUAUCCAGGUAAUCCAACAGAUAGCGGUAUUCGGCCUUCGUACAACUAGCCCCAGAAGGUUUUUUUUCUUGCAGACUUCCGAAACAGGUGAAGAGGUGAUAUGGUUUAAAUUCCAAAAAUUAAAAUAUAUUUAUGAUGCUGAGGAAAAGAAAGAAUUUUUGCCUGUGGAUUUCCCUGUCGACCACAGCAUGGAGUAUUAUAAGACUGCAAAGGGAUAUCAAGAAGAAUCUGAAAUAACAGAGUUUGCAACCAAAUAUGGAAAGAACAAGUAA